AUGGCGGCCCCCAUGAUGAGACGCUAUCUUGCUUGGCUUCGAGCUGGCAAAGUUAGCUUUGCGAAUGACACCGUACUUGGAGAUUGGAAGAGACCGGUAUCCACCAGCGUUCUCUACUGGAAUUCAAAGGGGAUUACAACGAAAGAGAAGCGUGAUGCUUCCUGGGCAACAGUUGUAGGCUUGGAAAUCCAUGCACAGAUCUCAUCCAACUCAAAGCUUUUUUCUGGUUCCCAAGUUCAGUUUGCAGCACCACCUAAUUCUCUGGUAUCAUUCUUGGAUGCUUCUCUUCCUGGCACUCUACCGGUUCUCAACAGACGAUGUGUAGAAGCAGCCGUGUCAACAGGCCUUGCACUGAACUGCACCAUAAACAAGAAGUCCUUGUUUGACAGAAAACACUAUUUCUAUGCAGAUCUGCCUGCUGGAUAUCAGAUCACUCAGCAUAGGGUUCCCAUUGCAGUGAAUGGCUGCUUACAAUACUUUAUGCAAGUGGAUAAAAAUCAGAAUGAAAUUGUAAGCAAGGCUGUGAGGAUCAAGCAAAUACAGUUGGAGCAAGACAGUGGAAAGAGCCUUCAUGAUGAUUUUAGAAACGAAACACUCGUUGACCUCAACAGAGCAGGGAUCGGCCUCAUGGAGCUUGUCAUGGAACCCGAUAUGUCUUGUGGAGAAGAGGCAUCAGCAGCAGUGAGAGAACUUCAGCUCAUCCUGCAGGCUCUCGGGAGCAGCCAGGCAAACAUGGCAGAGGGCCAGUUGAGAGUAGAUGCAAAUGUGUCUAUACAUCGUCCUGGCCAAAUUUAUGGAACAAGGACUGAAGUGAAGAAUAUCAACAGUGCUCGAUUUCUCGCAAAGGCAAUAGACUAUGAAAUACACAGGCAGAUUGAAGAGUUGGAGAAUGGAGGAACCAUUCUAAAUGAAACUAGAGCCUUUGACUAUAAGCUUGGACGCACUGUGCCAAUGAGGGACAAAGAAGGAAAACAAGAUUAUCGGUUCAUGCCUGAGCCAAAUCUUCCUCCAUUGAUUCUUUAUGAUGCUAAAUCCUUGCCUACUCAUAUAAAUGACCAGCAAGUAAUAAAUAUCGAUUGGAUUCGGGAGAGGCUUCCAGAUCUCCCUAGUGUCAAAAGAGCAAAGUUUGUUGAACGUUAUGGGAUUCAGACUCAACACAGCUUUAUCUUACAGAAUGAAGAUGGCUUAAUGGAUUUUUUUGAAAGCGUUGUGAAUGCAACAGAAAUGAAUCCCAAAAAAGUGAUUGGCUGGGUUAUAAAUAAUUUCCUCAGUUACCUAAAAUUAUAUAACAUUACUGUAAAAGAAAGUCCAGUCACUCCUGUUCUUUUGGCUGAAUUACUGGACCUAAUAUCAAGUAGAAAAAUUUCAUCUUCAGCAGCCAAAGAGGUGUUGGAAGAGAUGUGGAAGAGGGAAGUGAAGUCUCCAUCUCUGAUUGUAAAAGAAAAGAAACUCAAUCUAAUCCAGGAUUGGAAUGAACUUGAGAGUAUCUGUCAGACUGUGAUGAGAGACCAUCAGAAAGAGGUGGCAGAGAUAAAGAAUGGCAACCUCAAGGUCCUGAAUUCCAUAAUUGGACAUGUCCAAAGGACCACAAGAGGACGAUCAGAUCCUGUAACUGUGAAACAAAUUCUAGAGAAGCUGCUAUCAUAGGGGACUAAAAAUUAUGUGUCUGAUCUAUUGUUUUUUAACAUUCUCCAUAACAUCAAACCGUUGUAUAAGUUUUAAUGCAGUGCUGAGACCAAUAUAUCAUUUUUAGCCAUUUUUGGGGGAGUGGGGCAUGUUAAGUUAUUAUCCUCUUAUGUUCCUAUAGAUUCAGAAUACAAACUCUACAAAGAAGGAAAAAGACUGCAGUGUGCAUGAGUUUUUCGAUUAAAACCUGCUUUUGUAAUAUUGUGAUAUGUAGCAAAAAAAUAUACAUUUUUGAUAACUAAAUAAUAUUAACUAUAGCUUUUUAAUGUAGCUUCUUAUAAAUAAUCAAAUCAGUUCUCGUCUUGUGUCAAAGAGUUCAACAGAAUCAGCAGAUGAAACAGGUAGAUUUUUUUAAAAAAAACCUAGCACAAUGGAUCUUCUAGCUCCAGUCAUUGUUAUUUUUUACAGACUCAAUUCUGGGAAUACUUUACUGACUUAAGCCUUGUGGCACAUCUCUAAACACUGAUAGGGUUCCCACGCUAUGCUAAGCCAGAAUUUGAAGUUUUUAAAGUUUAUUUAUUUUUAUUUAUGUUUUAUCUCACUUUAUUUUUGUAAAUACCUCAAGACGCUGAACAUACCUAUAUUCCUUCCUAGGUUCCCCACAACAAUUCAAAGUCAAAAAU